AUGACCUUCAAACCUCUUCCCAGUCUCCUUCUCUUUCUCCUCCUUGCAUCCGCAAUUUCCCACUUAGCCCUCGCUGGAAAGCGCAAGGUCCACAUCACCGACGACUUGGACGAUGUGUUCGAUGACGAGGAGGACGAUGCGUGGAAGGAAUGGGGCAAGAAACCUGGACCCUCUUUCCCCCCCUCUGAUUUUUCCAAGAUGGAUCCCUCGCAGAUCCAGGAGGAGAUGAUGAAGCGUCACGUCGGACCCGCCAUCGGAUUCGUCAAGCUCCGGGUUGGGGCUCACCGGACUCCGGACAUGGUAGCUGAAUUUGCCAUGAAAUGGACACAAGUUCUGAGAACUGGAGCUGUUGGAGUAAGGUUUAUGGGUGUUGAUCUGCAUACAAUCAUGUUCAACUUGGAAAACAUCAAAGACUUGGAGGAGUUGAAGGAAUUCGUCUUGGACCAAUCAGAGGCUUAUGAGAUUAAAAUGGGGGAUCAAUUUUUUAGAAGACCUGGAGAUCCACCUCUUGAUGAAGUUAUUGAAAAGCUCAAUAGAGAUAAGGCCAAAGCAGACAAUGUUGAUACAGAGGAAAUUGAUGGAAGUGUUAAAACAGAGUUGUAA